AUGGACCAAUUUCGAUCUCCAACUCAAAACGAUCAUAUUUAUGGUGUUUUGCCAUUCGUAGCACCUGAAGUUUUAAAAGGUAACCCUUAUACUCCCGCUAGUGAUAUAUAUAGUUUUUCCAUAAUUAUGUGGGAAUUGAUUUCCGGAAUUCCUCCAUUUAAUGAUAGAGCGCAUGAUUUUUAUCUUGGUUUAAGUAUUUGUAAAGGCGAACGUCCUAAAAACAUUGAAAACAUUCCACAAGGUUAUAUAGAUUUGAUGAAAAGAUGCUGGGAUGAUGAUCCGUUAAAAAGGCCAGAUACAUUAGAAAUUAAGGAUGUUAUUGGGAGUUGGAUCGAUG